AUGCUUGCAGCUGUUGCUGCAAAAGUCAAUUUUGACUUGGUCUUCAACGUCAAAUUUGACUUUGAGAAACGAGAUCGCACAUUCAACACGACUGCACCACAACACUCUACACCACGGAACGCUACACCACACUACUGCACCACUGCGCCACGGAACGCAACACCACUGCACACAAUACCACACUGCCCAGAUAUCACCGCAACAGUGUCGUUGUUGCAGCAGCUGCUGGAGCAAGAAGAGGGGGAAAGGGGUGUGCAACAGCAACAUUCAGCAGCGCUGGUUGCUGAUCCUCCUCCUCCCUCGUCACCUUCGUCAGCACCUCCAGUUGAUCCAGGCGUGAGCGGAGAACAGGCUUCGUCGCCCCUCGCGCAGGCGCCGCCGCUCCUGUCGUCGUCGCCCACCUCCUUGUCUGCCACAAACCAGACACUGCUGAAUUUGAGCGCGCACGCCAGCGCCAGCCGCUUCUACGCGUCCGUCUUGUCGCAGAGCGAAGACGCAAACGCCAGCACCCCCGCGCUCCAGCUCUUCAACAUCAGCACAACCGAACUGCUGCAACAGCAACACCAACACCAACAACAACAACAACAACAACAACAACAACAACAACAACAACAACAACAACAACAACAACAACAACAACAACAACAACAAAGAGGAGGAGAAGACCAGAAAGGAGAAAUGGCGUCGCUGCCCACCAUCUACGACGAUGGUGUCGAUGACCACCAGUAUGAUGGUGAUGCGUAUCGUCAGCGGCAACAACAGCAGCAACAACAGCAUCAGCAGCAAGGUGGAAUGUUGAGCUCCAGCCCACACGCGUACGGACAGAGUGAUUUCACAUCACAGCAGUUCCUCCAACAGCAGCCCCUGCAACAGCAGCAGCUGUCGCCCUCCCCGUCAUCCAUGCAGGCAACGCUGAACAGCUUCCAUAUGGGAAGUGGUGGUGAUGCUCGUGGUGGCGACUCGCAACGUGGUGAUAUGGACGUUGCAGCAACACCAUCCACCAUCCCACUGCACCGCAGCAGGAUGGCAUACAGCGCAGGUGGCACGACCGCAAACACCACCGCCACUGCCCCAAUGCAAACACCCAUGCCAUCCCGUGCGCAGCAGCAACACCACCACGAACACCAACAACGCCAACAGCAGCUGCUGCUCGGUGGGAGCGGGGGUGUGGGCAACAGCGCCACCACCGGCUCGCCUUAUCCGCGACACGCAACAACAUCAUCGUCAUCAGCAACAGGAACACCGCACCAGCACCACCAACACCAUCAGCGUGAUGUCGAUGCGUACCAUUCGAGCAACACCAACACCAACACCAACACCAGCGGGACCGCUGGCUCAAUUACAACGCCUGCACCUCCCACGUCGUCUUCAUCACCGUACAUGGUGGACAGAUCGGCAAACCCAACAUGGAGCGGCGGCGUUGGCGGUGGUGUUCGUGGCGGUGUCUCGGCAUCAACAGGACCAAGAGCUGCAGCAGCAACAGGAACAACAAGAGGCAGAGGAACAACAGCAGCAACAGCGCCACCACCGCCAUCAUCAUCAUCGUCGUCGUCGUUCAAAUCGCGAUUGCGGGGUCCCGAGUUCACCCCACUGCUCUCAUCCACCACCACCAGGAUCACGGCUGCCACCCCCCAAUAUGGAGCGCCGCCACAGGACGAGUUGGAACGCGUUCGCCAGCGCCUCAGAUCUCUCAGGGCCGUACAGCAGGAGGAAGACGAAGAAGAAGGAUCAUCAACGCUCACACAGCAGGUGGCAGUAGCUCAUGCGAUUGUGUUGGUGGCGGCGGCCGUUAACGGGCUGCGCCGUGAGCUGACACGCGUCGUUGAGAACUUUGAAUAUGAACAGUCGCAGUGGCGGCAGAAGGAGAGCGAAAUGGUGCACCGUGUGCAGGAACUUCAUCUUGAGAACGAACAGCUGCAGCGGAAGGAAUCAGAACGCAGCCGUCAGCUCGCAACGCUCGAACGCGACAUUGCGGAGGCCGUCGAAAUGGUGACGGGCCAGAAGAUGAAGCGAGAGAAAGAGGUGUCGGCGAAGGAGAAGGAGAUUAAGAAACUUGUCGCAACCGUCAAGGAUCUGGAGACAAAGCGCGAUCAGCUGCAGAGUGAUGCGUUGUUGUUGUUGUUGUUGUUGUUGUUGUUGUUGUUGUUGUUGUUGUUGUUGUUGUUGUUGUUGUUCUUUAUCAUGUAG